GAGUGUAACUUACCAAUGGUAGACCGGCAGGAGGAUGGCUGUCUCGACAUGGAAGCUCAGAACUUCCUCACCAGCCUCAAAGUGAGAAUUACAGACAACCACCCCAAACUGCUGAAGGUGCACUUUGUCCAGUGGAGCCAGGACCUGAUGAACCCAAAGAACCGAGCACAUGCUAAGUACCUGAAGGAGCUGGGAGAGCAGUUUAUUGACACAGUCAACCAUCAGAUUCUCGAGCGCCUUCGCCACCAGAAAGAGGGCAACCAGAUGCUGGGCCCUUUCUUUCAGGAGCUGCAUCACCACACGACCCAGUGCAAGGACAAGUGCCAAGUGUUUUGUGGGAGGGAGGAACUCCUGAGCAAAAUUGGAAAGGCCGUCGCAGCAAAUGAUGGCACCAACCACACUCCCCUGGUUGUUCUGGGGCCUCCUGGAGUUGGAAAGACAGCUCUGAUGUGCAAAAUAUCAGAGCACAUCCAAGACUUCCUGGGACAAAAGACAGUGCUGGUGCUACGACUCCUCGGAACAUCCCAGGCAAGUUCCAACAUCUGCCUUUUAUUGAAUAGCAUUUGUCUCCAGGUGUGCUUAGCAUAUGGUUUGCCACUCCCACCUGCCAGAGUCAUGGCUGUUUAUAGCUGUGCUGUCCAGUUCUUUCAAGAUCUCCUCUUCCUGGUUUCUAGCAGAAAUGUUGAGUCACUUGUGAUCAUACUGGAUGCAGUUGGGGACCUGAACUCAACCUAUGGAGCAAGAGGCCUAACGUGGCUGCCUAAAAAGUGCCCCUCAAAAGUCCACUUCAUCCUCUCUGUUUGCCUAGCAGAGCCUGGAACCUUAAAAACCAUGCAGGAGAUGGUCACUAGCUCUGAGGCUUAUUUUGAAGUGAAGCCACUCUCUGGGGAGCAAGGUCAGAAGAUGAUUGAGCUCCUUUUGGCAUCUGUGAGGCGGAAGCUGAGCCCUGCUCAGCAGGACCUACUCUGGGCUAGCCUUCCAGAAUGUGGGCACCCCUUGAGGCUGAAACUAGCCUUUGAUGAAGCCCAGAGAUGGGCAUCCUAUACAUUACCUGUCUCUCUGGCCACCACUGCCCAACAAGCAAUGCACCAGCUUUGUGCCCAUUUGGAGGAGUUACACGGCCGAGUCUUAGUGUCCCAUGUACUUGGGUAUAUUGUGACUGCCCGGUAUGGGCUGUCAGAAGCAGAGCUGAAGGAUGUCUUAUCUUUGGAUGAUGAAGUUUUGAUGGAAGUCUAUCAGCAGUGGACUCCUCCUAGCAAAGAUGUCCUUCGUUUUCCUCCUCUCCUGUGGGUGAGGCUCCGUCGGGACCUAGGGGAUUGCUUGGUGAAGAGACCUGCAGAUGGCUUCAUGCUCCUUGGACUUGCUCACAGACAACUGACUGAGGUGGUCAAGGAACGCUAUUUAUCAGGACGAGAGAAAACUAAGAGGCAUCAUCUCUUAUCUGAAUUCUUCACUGGAACCUGGAGUCAGGGUAUAAAGAAACCUAUAUCUCUGCCCCUCCUGGGAAAACCACUGAACUUUGACAGGAAGGUUGCACCUCAACCCCUCUGGUUUUCAGAUACUGUUGCAAAUCUUCGGAAAUUGAGUGAAUUGCCCAGUCACCUGGCUAAUUCAGGAUGUACUGAAGAGUUGAAGAAGGAUGUGCUGGGGAACAUGGACUGGAUUUCUUGUAGAGUUCUUUCCAGUGGAAUCACAAGCAUGCUGGAGGACUUUGCCCUUUGUGCUGAACACACUGACUGUCCUGAAGUCAGCCUCAUCCGUGAUGCCAUCCAGCUCUCAAGACCCACCAUAGAUCGUGCAGUGGGCAUGGACAAGAGCAUUUUCUACACGGAGAUCCUGGCCAGGCUUUAUUCCUUCUCCUCUCUCUACCCAUCACUCAUUGGACAGCUGUGCCACCAAUGCCUGAGGUGGUUUAAUGCAUAUCCACAUCCCGUUCUCAUCCCCCUCUGUGGGUUCCUUCUACCUCCGGGAGGGCCCCUUCAGGAAACUCUCACAGGCUAUCACAAAGGCAUCACGGUGAUAGAGUGGAGCUCCAGCAACAAACUCUUGAUAGUUGGAUCCCAGAAUGGCAUCCUGGUUGUAUGGGGCAUGCAGAAGCGGGAGAGUCAGGUGGUGCAUAUCCUAAUGGGUCACACGGGAGAGGUGAGGUGUGUGAAAACAUUUGGACAAGGCAAUUAUGCCAUCUCUGCUUCCAAGGACCGUACACUUCGUGCAUGGAAUUUAGUUUCUGGCAAGGAGAAGUAUGUCAUUUGGGAUGGAGUCUCUACUGAUCCCAGAGAGCCACAUUUCUGUUGCCUUCAUGUGGAUGAAAAGAAUAAAGUUGUGUAUUCAGUAUCUGGUUCAAAGGUUAAUGCAUGGAACCUGGAAACUGCAAAAGCUAUUUUCCACAUUGUGAGUGAUGGACGGGAUCCUUGGCUUUGGGCCACAGUAUUUCCUUUCAGCUCAGGGGUUGUGACAGUAUCUAAAGAAGGGCUUGUGAGUACCUGGGAUGCUUGCACUGGAAAAUCCAGGUCAAAGCACUAUCUCUCCAGCCUGAAGGAAGAAACCUUGACUAGCGGGACCUCCCUCCAGAAGCAAGGACGGAUUGUUGUAGGCUCCAACAGUGGCUCCCUCCUAUUGAUCUCCCCUCAGGGAAGCAGUCUGCUGGAAAAAGUCCCCACUGCUGUGCAGCUUCUGGUAGUUUCAGAAGAUGAAUCUCUUCUUGCUGCAGGUUUUGGAAAAUAUGUCCGAGUAUUUUUGGCAGAUUCAAAGGGAUUUCACGGAUUCAUGGCCACAGAUCUUGAACAUGAGGACACAGUGGAAGCAGCUGUUAUUAGUCCUGAUAACAAUGUGCUUGUUACUGGGUCUCUUGAUGCAUUCAUCCAGGUGUGGAGUCUGUCGGAGCAGGGGACCCUUCUGGACAUUUUUGAUGGCACGGGAACCCCAGUGAAUAUGCUGGCCUGCUAUGGACACACUUUGGUUUCUGCCUCCAGGAAUUCAUCAUCCUUCAGAGCUUGGGAUCUUGCUUAUACACAGAAACAUAAACUCCCACCCCCUUUUUUGGACCGCACUGGCUGUGCUGCAGUGUCUCACAAUGGAAACUAUGUAUACUUCCCCAAAAUAGGAGACAAAACCAAAAUCACUGUCUGGGACUCUGUGGAAGGGGAAGAUCAUGCUAUCUUAGAUGCUUCAAAUGAAGUGCAGUGCCUGGAAGUUGCUGAGCAGAUGAAGUUGCUCUUUGCUGGGCUGAUCUCAGGGACAGUCCUAGUGUUUCCCCUGAACUCCAGGCAGGAUGUAACGUGCAUCCCACCCCCAGAGGCUAAGAAACCUGUCAAAUGCAUGGCCCUGAGCAAAGGAGAAGAGCGGCUGGUCAUUGCAUAUGACAACAUAGUACUGGUGAUGGACAUUAGGCCAGAAGAUCCCUGCCCAGUAAUUGAUGGACCUACAUACACAUUUUAUACUCAGCUGCCUGCUAUGAUAUCCAGUAUAGCUGUUCUCACCAACUACCGGGUAGUCUACGGCAUGACCAGUGGAGAGGUGUUUAUUUAUGAGUGUGCGAAGUCCAAGGUUUUCCCGUUAGAAGCCCCCCAGGGCAAAGUUACCUGUUUAGAAGUCAGUCACAAGGAGCGGGCAGUAAGCAGUUCUCAGGAGUCACUGCUGUACCUUUGGGACCUAGAGCUCUGCAAGUGGAAGCAUACGCUGACCUUGGAGGGUGCUUUCUACCAAGGAAUUCAAUGUGUCUGUUUUUCCAACGAUGAUAAGUAUGUGUACAGUGGGUUAAAGGAUCAGUCCAUUCUAGUCUGGAAUGUUUCUGAUGGUUCUUUGUUGGCUGUUCAGUUUGUAUGUGCAACAGUAAAUAAAAUCAUUUCUACGGCUGACGGUUUUAUUGCAACAACAAGACACGGCUAUCUCAUCCGUGAGCGCUUCCGCUGCCCUCAGCCAGUAAGCGCCUCUUACGACCCCCUCAAGAACAUCAAGGCAAUAUGCACUGUCAAAACCAAGAAGCAAGAAGAGAUUCUGAUGGUGGUGAGAAAACAGCAGAGUGACUCAGAAAGAGCAGAAGAAAAGCAAGGCAGCACAAGCAAGAUCUCUCAGAUCUGUGUGCUCAUAUGACAGAAGAUGAGACAUCACAAAAAGAAUCCAGAGGGCAAUCCCAUCACUCCAGAUAGGACUGUCCUUUGUUUUUCACCUCAUUCUUUCCUCACAUCCAUUUCAGUUCAGACCUGCCACUAGGAUAUCAUUAUUGGACCUUUUUCUUAAUUUAUUUACUAAACAAAUAUUUA